ACUUUGACUACACUGACAGCUGCACCAUCACAGUCGUGACCAGAAACAGCGUUUCACGAUGUUACAGACGUUUGUUCCGUUAAUGUGCAAGUUUCUGGCUUUAUCUUUAGUCCGUUGUUUCCCUGCCUAGACUGGCGACGCUAGCUAGCUAGCUAGCGAUCGUUAGCAAACAUGCUUUUCUUCUGCUUUAGCCGAGCACAUACACAACCUCGUUUUCCAAGUUACCUAACCAGCCGAGUGCAAACAAACGAUCGCUGUCAGUUGCUCCUAUUAGAAACCUAUUCUAACGACUAGGUGAUAGAAAUGAUCUUCCACCUGCCAGUUAACUGAGCUGUAGUAACGUCAACAUCACUCCGCGGUAUCUCAGUUAGCCACCGUGUCAGGUAACGUUGUUAAUAAUAGUAAUAGUAGUAAUAAUAAUAAUGAUAAUAGUAAUAAUUCCAGUACUUAUGCUAGAUACGCGCCCCAGUUUAAAUUCACACCAGUUCUAGCUUUCGCUAGCCUUCAUUACACAACUAAGUUAAUCGUGGUUAGUUGUGCAAGUAGCUUUGAGCUGGAUUAUCUGGGAAAGGAUUAAAAAAAACAAACCAUAAACUAGCGUUAGCGAGGUAGUUGGUUAACUGAGAAGCGUUGGCAGUCAUUUAGGAGCAAUGCCUCCCAGCCAACUCUGAGUUUUUAAACUAUAUGUUUUCUAUCAGGCACCUAGAGUAGGCCUCGUUAUUGCGAUGAUGUUUCACUUCUGAAUUUAAGUCACUCAGCUGGGUGUUAUUUUUCGGAGCUCGGAGGGCAGUUCUGUUGAGACUGAGGAAAAAGCAAGGAGUGAUUACGCAAAAAGUACAGAACCGAUUUGCAUCAAACUUGGCGGAGGUAAGAGGCAUGGGCCAGGGAAGGACCCAUUCGAUUUAGAGUGAAAGUCCACAGGAAAGCUGUGAGAGGAUCUCUGUGUCCAUCCCCUCUCCCUGUCCAGACAUCCGGCCAGUAUGUCCAGUGAUCCUCCUCCUCCAUACCCCGGAGGUCCCAGUGCCCCACUCAUUGAGGAGAAGAAUGGACAACCUGAAACGGUUCCUGUAAGAACUGCUCCUCCACAGGGACAGCCACUGCCUCCAGACUACGGCCCUCCACCCUACGAGGCCCCGCAGCCAGGCUUCCUUCCCCCACAUGUCCCUGGGGAAGGGCCAAUGCCAAUGCCAAUGCCAAUGCCAAUGCCACCACCACCACAAGGUGGCCCUUACCCACCGCUGCCCGGUCACUUUCCUCACAUGAUGCCAGGGCAGAUGGGCCCUGGUCCCAGUCACUUUGUCCACAUGGGAGGUCACACAGCAACUGUCCUGGCUCCUCCAGGGGCAGCUACCACUGUGACCGUACUACAGGGGGAAAUGUUCCAGACCUCACCGGUGCAGACUGUGUGUCCGCACUGUCAGCAGGCAAUCAUCACCCGCAUCUCCCACGAUGUCGGCCUCAUGAACACACUCUUCUGCCUCUUCUGCUUCUUUGUAGGGUGUGAUCUAGGCUGCUGCUUGAUUCCCUGUCUGAUUGAUGACCUCAAGGAUGUGACACACACCUGCCCUUACUGUAAGGGCUACAUUUACACAUACAAGCGCAUAUGCUAACCACCGACAGCUGUAUGCUACAGAGACAUGUACGUGCACACACAUAAACUCACAGCUCCUCCUGCAGGUAGUGACAGGCUUUUCCCCCAUUUUUGCAAAGUGUUGUGUAGCCCUCUUAAAUUUGAAGUGCAGUUUUCUCAUUAGUUAACUGAAUAUUUACUGAAUAUAUCUUUCAGCAUUGUUCUUUCAUGUACAAACAUGCAUUUGAAAUGUAAAUAACCUCUCACUGAACUAUGGAGGAUGUAAAGCACAAAAACAUUCAGAGAUUGAUAGGCAGCAGGCACACAGGUGCAACUGAUCCUCUAUGGAAACCUGGAAAAAAGGUUUGUGAUGUUAUGCAUGUAAAUGGAAAAAAAAAAUCUAUGGAUAGACAGAGAAAACUGUGAAAAUGGUCACUUUAUUUAUUUGAAUUCAUCUGUGAAUCUUGCUCAGAAGCAAGCGUGUUGAGGUCAAACAUGGCUGGGUAAGCUUUCUUGUUUUGUUUUUUUUCUUAUUUAUUUCAAAUCUUUUAUCCACUAUUUUAACAAGUUAAUCUUGAGAAGUGUGAACAUUUUUGUCCAUGUCUGAUAUUUUUUUUUUCUAACAGAACUAGUUUUUCCUUUUAAUCAUGAUCCCAUUUUGAAUGUAAGCAAAUUAACCAACAACCACUUUCAUCUCGAUAAAUGGCUGUAUGCACUUCUUUAGGAAUGCCCAAGAAUGAAUUUAAUUGCUAUAGUUAUUAAUCUUAUGGGCUUCAGUGAGCAGUUACAAAAUGUUGAGUGAUUUACAGUUGAGCUAAUACACAGCAAUGCCCUCUGUCCAUACUGCACUCAAUUUUGUGAAUAAAGGUCACCUUUGCACUUUAAGUUGAAAUUCACAUCUCCCCUUCUUACAGAUUCAUAAGAACUGUCAACCCCCGGCUAAUCCUUUGUUAAAAACUAAUUUACAAUGUCUUCUCAUGAGUGAAGGCAGUGGAAAAUUUUGGCUUUCAUUUGGUUAGUUGUUAGCUCAGUGAACCCCACCAUACAGGCACUUAUUCAGACUAAAGU